GUGAGUCGUGAACGAGUGAAGCGUUCACCCACUUGGUUGCGAGAUACUUAUAUAUGCAUAUAGUUGGUGGGAGUGCAUGCAUGAUAUGAUAUGAUGGGGGGGAUAGUGAAGAGGCACAAAGCUUUUGGGAUAAUGGUGAUCAUUCAGUUGACGUCUACAGGGAUGACCCUUCUCUCUAAAGCAGCCAUGUCUAGAGGGAUGAAACCUUCCGUUUUUGUUGCUUAUCGACAAGCCUUCGCCGCUCUUGCUUUGGCUCCUUUCGCUUUCUUCUUCGAAAGGCACAAUUCAGCUUCUCUCUCGUUCAAAUUGCUAUGCAAGAUUUGCAUCCUCUCCUUGUGUGGACUUAACCUCAGCUUGAACCUGUGUUACAUCGGGUUCAACUAUGUGUCUGCCACGUUUGUUACAGCAGCCACCAACACCAUCCCUGCUAUGGUGUUUAUCAUAGCAAUUUGUUUAAGGUUGGAGAGGUUGGCAAUAGAGAAAUCCCAAGGAAAAGCUAAAGUGGUGGGUUGUGUGAUGAGCUUAAUUGGGGCCAUGGUUUUUACCUUGUAUAAAGGCCCUACCUUGUACCCACCUAAAGCAAUGCAAAAGUCUCACCUUUCCGCAAACACUACAUAUACUAAACAAGAUUGGAUAAGGGGUUCUCUUCUUAUUCUUGGAGGUAACUUGACAUGGUCACUUUGGAUCAUCAUGCAGGCUCCUAUCAUGAAGCAAUAUCCAGCAAAGCUUCGCCUGGUAACUCUUCAGUGUUCCAUUUGCUGUGUAGUGUCAACAAUAUGGGGUGCAAUUAUGGAGAGGGAUUUGUCAUCAUGGAAACUUGGAUGGGAUAUCAAUCUUCUAUCUGUGGCAUAUUGUGGAAUAGUGGUGACAGGAAUAGCUUAUUGGUUACAAGCAUGGGUUGUGGAGAAGAAAGGGCCAGUAUAUGCAAGUAUUUUCAAUCCAUUGGCACUUAUGUUGACAGCCUUCUUUUCAGUUCUUUUUCUCAAUGAAACCCUUCACUGGGGCAGUGUGUUGGGAGCAGCUUUGCUGGUGUUAGGGCUUUAUGGGUUUUUGUGGGGGAAACAAAAGGAGCAAAAGAAUAUGGAGGUGGUGGUGAAUCAAAGCAAAGAGGGGGUCGAAUUGGACACGAUUUCUCACACAUCGACCGAUAUUCAGGUGAUUGUGGUGAAUCAAAGUAUUGAGGUGGUCGAAUUGGACACGAUUUCUCGCACAUCGGCCGAUGCCCAGGUUGUGGCGGUGGAUGCUCCCAAAACAUGAUGAUGAUGUUGCAUUUCAGUUUUCUAAGAUUUUGAUCCACCGUACCUUUUAAAUUCUCCAGUAGUAUCAUUUUCAAUAGGGGAUUCAAAUAAAAGAUCAUUAUAUAUAUUAUCCCUUUUAGGCUAGUAGUAUUCUUAUAUGUAUGUAGACUUGCAGCAUUUCUUAAUUUGUUGCUAACUUCGCAUCUAUAUAUAACUUUUUAAUGUGGGGCGCA